AUGGCGACAGUAAUCCCACACAUGCAGUUGAGCUCCGCUUCAAUCUCACCACCGCCACCAUCUCCGUCACCUCCCUCUCUAACCACAUUCCCACUUCUCAAACUCCCGCAGAGACCCACCAAUCUGCGCCACCGCCUUGUCUCAUUCACCCAUAAAUUAAUUUCUAGCGCCUCAAACAAUUCUUUGGAUGAAACUUAUGCUUCCCUUCUUGAUCACUGCGUCGCCCAAAAAUGGCUAUCGCAUGGAAAACAGAUUCACGCCCUCAUAAUAAAGCGUCACAAUGUGGACGAUUUCGUCUUCUUGGCCACUAAGCUUGUGUUAUUCUACGGAAAAUGUGGGUCCUUGUCGGAUGCCGAAGAACUGUUCGAUCAAAUGCCUCAAAGAAGCAUUUUUGCUUACAAUGCACUGCUUGGUGCUUACGUUUCAUGCGGGGAGGCUAGGAGAGCUAUUCAAUUGUAUGCCGAUAUGCGGUUUUUAGAUGUUCCUGUAGAUGCACAUACUUGUAGUUCUGUGUUGAAGGCCUGCGCUGGAGAGAGAGAUGCGUAUUGCGGGAGAGAGAUUCAUGGCUACAUGAUAAAGUUAGGGUUUUUUUCUAGUGAUAUUGCUGUGAAUUCACUUGUUAGUGUCUAUGCUAGGUGUGAUGAUGUAGGGGCUGUGAAGCUGUUGUUUGACCGGAGGAGUGGGAAAGGUGAUGUUGUAUUGUGGAAUUUAAUGAUUUCUACUCAUGGUUUGAUGCUUUUUGGAGAAAUGCUGAGUGCUGCUGUCACGCCCACCACAUACACUUUUGUUGCUGCUCUUCGGGCCUGCAAAGAGCUCUCGUCUGGGGUUCAGAUUCACGCUCUUAUCUUCAAGUACGGUCUUUGUUGGGAUAGAUACGUUGCGAAUGCUUUACUAGUUAUGUAUUCUGAAUGCAGUAGAGUAGAUGAAGCUGAACGAGUUUUCAUUGACACUGAUGAUGGGGAUAGUGUUUCUUUGAACUCCAUGUUAGCUGCCUAUGUGCAAAAUGGCCUUUAUGAUGAAUCACUUGAUUUGUUCCGUGAAAUAACAAUGGACGGACGAAUACCUGACAGGGUUGCAGUUAUCACUGCCCUGUCAGCCUGUGGAAGAUCACAGAAACUGUUGAACGGAAUGGAAGUUCAUACCUUUGCUCUGAAAAAUGGAUUUGACUUGGAUCUACGAGUUGGAAAUACGAUCAUAGACAUGUACGCAAAGUGUUGGAAGACAAGAUUUAUGGACUCUGCUUUCCGUAGGAUUCCCCAAAAAGAUUUUAUUUCCUGGACAACGAUCAUCUCUGGCUAUGUUCAGAACAAUGACCACAUGAAGGCCUUGGAUUUGUUUAGGGAAGUGCUGAACGAAGGUAUUUGUCCAGAUACAUUGAUGAUUGAAAGUGUUCUCAUUGCUUGCCGUGAGUUAAAAAGUAUUUCAGCAGUGAAAGAAAUCCAUGGUUAUGUAGUGAGGAGAGAAUUAUCCGACAUUGUAGUGCAGAACACUAUUGUGGAUGCAUAUGGAGAUUGUGGAGAAGUGGAUCACGCAAGAAAUACCUUCGAACUGAUUGAAAUGAAAAAUGUCGUUUCUUGGACAAGCAUGGUUGAUUGUUACGUUCGAAAUGGACUUGCAAGGGAGGCACUUGAAAUUUCUCAUCAAAUGGUAAGACAAGGUGUUGAGAUAGACUCCAUUGCAGUUCUGAGUAUUCUCUCAGCUGCUGCCAAUGUAUCAGCAUCGAGAAAAGGUAAGGAAAUUCAUGGGUUUUUGGUUAGGAGAUGCUUGCAUUUUGAGGGGUCCAUUGCGAGCUCACUUGUAGAUAUGUAUGGGAGCUGUGGUGCUGUAGAUGAUGCACGUAAGGUAUUCGAUUGUGCAGAAAGUAUAGAUUUAGUGUUGUGGACGAGUCUGAUUAAUGGAUAUGGAAUGCAUGGUCAGGGGAAAAUGGCCAUUGAAUUGUUUAGAAGAAUGGAGGCUGAGAAUGUGAGUCCUGAUCAUAUCGCAUUUCUGGCAAUUCUAUAUGCUUGCAGUCAUUCUGCGUUAGUUGAUGAGGGCCAGAGAUUUUUCAAUACUAUGCGUUGUCAAUAUGGCUUGGAACCAUGGCCUGAACACUAUACUUGUUUGGUUGAUCUCCUUGGACGAGCAAACCGUUUACAAGAGGCUCAUGAACUAGUCAAAGCCAUGGAAAUGGAGCCGACAGCUGCUGUCUGGUGCGCCCUUCUUGGCGCUUGCAGAAUUCAUUCUAACAUGGAAGUAGGAGAAAUAGCUGCUAGAAAGCUUCUUGAAAUGGAACCAAAGAAUCCGGGAAACUAUGUGCUUAUUUCCAACAUGUUUGCAGCAGCAGAGAGAUGGGAAGAUGUUGAACAAGUGAGAACGAAAAUGAAACUUAAGGGACUUAAAAAAGACCCCGGUUGUAGCUGGAUGGAGAUUGGAGAUAGGCUGCAUACGUUCAUCACGAGGGACAGAUCUCAUCCUCAGUGUGAUGAGAUCUAUGAAAAACUUGCUGAGAUCACUGAGAGUUUAGAGAGAGGUGCAGGUUAUAAAGCAGAGACUAGUUAUGUAUUGCAUGAUGUGGAGGAGGUAGAGAAAGUGAGGAUGCUUCAUGGCCACAGCGAACGGCUUGCUCUAGCAUACGGCCUGCUUACGACUCCCCACAGAACACCUCUCAGGAUCACAAAGAACUUGAGAGUGUGUGGCGAUUGUCAUACUUUCACAAAGCUCGUCUCCAAGCAUUUCCGGAGAGAGAUAGUUGUGAGAGAUGCCAACAGAUUCCAUCACUUUAAAGACGGUUCUUGCUCCUGCAAAGAUUUUUGGUGAACCUUCAACGUUUUGGCAAUGCCAACGAUUACAAUGUUUCUGUUCAUGCUCUCGAAUCCCACGUAACGUGGCAUGGAUCGCGACAUCGAUUGUGAAUAGGAGGAUUUAUUUCGAGGAACGUAGUCUAAUUAAUUGCAGAAAAAGUAAUUUCUAACUUUUUAGUACACAGAUAAAAGUGUUGUUUCAUUUGUUUUGCUAAUACAAACUAUACCAUCUUCCA